GACAGGCCCAUUCUUUAGCGUCCCUAUGCAUCCGUGUUUCGAGGUGAAUCUUUUAACAUGUUUUGUAAGAAUAAUUAUACAGUUAAACGGUCAUUAAUUACCAUUUAAUUAAGCUAUUUGUCGCCAGCUGCUGUGUUAAUUAAUACAUUAAUUAAUGUAACGCGGUACUUUUUCUUUAACGUGAUCUCGGAACUUACUACUCUUUUUUUUUUAUUUUUAUUUUUUUUUUAUGUUCCACUGCAUUCAUGGUUCCAUACAUAUACGUACGGAUGUUCUAGCAUUUUUAUUACUUUCAAAUAUUCAAAUAAAAUAAAAAAUUAAACCCCUAAAUUAGUAAUCGAAUAAAUAUAGUAGUGAAUCAUAAUUCAAAAGGAAACGAAACGGUCGUGUAGGGAUUCCUUUGAACGUUGCAUGCUAAUCCUUAAUUAAUUAAUUUAAUUUUAUUAAUUAACGUGUUAGGUGAACUAAUUAAUUGAAUAUAUUGUUGUUUAAUCACUUGGAAGACAAACUUAUGGUGUGAUCAGGUGGGUGGGAGAAAUGCUGGGUUGAAGGGGUUACCCCUUGGGAUUUAGGGCGCCCUACGCCCAUCGUUCUUCAUCUCCUUCAGACCGGUAACCUUCCUAAGGGCAGGGUCUUGAUACCUGGAUGCGGUAGUGGGUACGAUGUGGUGGCAAUAGCGUGUUCUGAACGUUAUGUUAUUGGAUUAGAUAUUUCGGAUACAUUAGUUAAGAAAGUCACUGAGCGAACUUCUUCAUUGCCAAAUGCCAACCAUUUCACUUUUAUAAAAGAAGAUUUCUUCACAUGGCGCCCCGAAGAAUUGUUCGAUAUGAUUUUCGAAUACGUGUUCUUUUGUGCAAUUGAGCCAAACAUGAGAGAAACAUGGGCAAAAUCAGUUGACGAGCUUCUAAAACCAGAUGGGGAGCUUAUAACACUCAUGUAUCCAAUGGGCGACGACUACGAGGGUGGACCUCCUUACAAAAUCUCAGUAGCUGAAUAUGAAGAGGUGUUGGUACCUUUGGGAUUUAAGAUAGUGUCCAUUGAGGAUAAUGCGCUUGCUCUUGGACCUCGUAAGGGAAGAGAG